UUUAACCUCAGCAACUUCGCAUUAGCUGUUAAUGAUCUAACCAAGUAUUUUCUUUUUCCUUCUUUCAUCUUUUCCCUGAAACAAAGCCAAAGUCAGUUCUCUUCCCCUAAAAUAUUCCAGUUGGAUUAAUUAUUGUGAAUAACGAAGACAAAUGAUUAUCCAGUUAAUACCCACAAUGCUUUGCAUGUGUACCUGGUUUAAUAAAGCUUAACCAGAGUCGACGGCCUCACGAUGACCCGAGGUACUUUUUAAUUUCUGCUCCUGUCUCGACCUAUUUACCGUAUCUUACCGCGUUCGCGGCUCCUUAUUACCUCUGUGAGUGGAAACUCGUUGUCAGGGCACUAUUAUGAAUCAGGUUUGUUUUUUUUUUCCACCUUCUGUUUUCGGUCUGGCUGCAUUCUAAUGUAAGUCGAUUACAACUGUGUGAAUGCCUUUCGAUUGGCGCUUCAUGGCUGAGUGGGCAUUUUAUGUCACAAAAGCGUGUCAGGCUUGGUUUUCUCUGUCCUGUGGAAGCUCUUACUCAAGUUACCACAGAAAGUAGUUCUCACUGCCACGGCAGCCUUCUGCUCCACCACCGCACGGCUUUGUUUGCUUUGCUUACACGCAAAACCUUGCUGCUAGACGCUCUCGUCUCUGUGCAUAUUGCACUGGGCGGGAUAUUAAAAAAAAGCAAAAAACAAAAAAGCACGCAGCACAGUUGCAACAUAUCGAGGGCGAAGAUAAAAAGAGAAGUCGAGCUGGACUGAGUGUGACUGCGCUGUGUCAGGCGUGAAGAGUGAUGGACAGUUGCUCAGUGGCUGAUUGUGCCGACUGACGCUCCUAUCAGGGCGGCUCAGGCUCAUCCAAAUCCCAGAUUACCCUCCUCCUCCUCCUCCUCCUUCAGCAGGAGCAGCACUGCCUUCCUUCCCUCCUUCCUCCCUCCUCGUCUAACUGUAUUGAGUGUGGAUUAGUGAGCGGCGAGGCGAAGCAGGGGCUCCGGCCAAAAUGGUGAGGUGGUUCCACCCGAACAUCACUGGCAUCGAGGCAGAGCAGCUCCUCCUGACCCGAGGCGUCCACGGCAGCUUCCUGGCUCGACCGAGCAAAAGUAACCCAGGAGACUUCACGCUGUCUGUCAGGCGGAACGACGAAGUCACUCACAUUAAGAUCCAGAAUUCUGGCGAUUACUAUGACCUGUACGGAGGGGAGAAGUUCGCCACUCUAGCCGAGUUGGUGCAGUACUACAUGGAGCAGCACGACCUUCUGCGAGAAAGGAACGGAGACGUGAUCGAGCUCAAAUAUCCUCUCAACUGCAAAGACCCCACUUCUGAGAGGUGGUAUCAUGGGCAUCUGUCAGGCAGAGAUGCAGAAAAGCUCCUCACAGAGAAAGGCAAACCAGGCAGUUUUCUGGUGAGGGAGAGUCAGAGCAAACCUGGAGACUUUGUGCUGUCUGUUCUCACUAACGAGGAAAAACAUGAAAACGUGGACCGCAAGACAAAGGUCACCCACGUCAUGAUACGCUACCAGGAUGUGAAGUAUGAUGUGGGUGGAGGGGAGAAGUUUGACACACUGACAGACUUGGUGGAGCACUAUAAAAAGAAUCCAAUGGUGGAGAAGAGUGGGAUUGUCGUGCACCUUAAGCAGCCGUUCAAUGCCACUCGGAUAAAUGCGGCCAACAUCGAGAACCGGGUGCGAGAGUUAAACAAAGUGGCAGACAGUUCUGAGAAGCCCAAGCAAGGCUUCUGGGAAGAAUUUGAGAUGCUACAGCAACAGGAAUGUAAACUCUUGUACCCCAGAAAAGAAGGACAGAGAGCUGAGAAUAAGAGCAAAAACAGAUACAAGAACAUUCUACCCUUUGACACCACCCGGGUGACGAUCAGGGAAGCAGAUCCCGACGUGCCCGGCUCUGACUACAUCAAUGCCAACUAUAUCCGAAGUAUGCAGGAAGAGGGCCGUCAUGUGGACGAAGGCAAAGUGUUCAUUGCUACUCAGGGCUGCCUUCAGAACACGGUGCUGGACUUCUGGAGGAUGGUCUAUCAGGAGAACACUCAUGUUAUUGUCAUGACAACCAAGGAAAUGGAGCGAGGCAGGAAUAAAUGUGUACGCUACUGGCCAGACGCUGGCACAACAAAGGAGUUUGGGAAUGUGUGUGUGAGGAACAUUGAGGAGCAGGCUGCUCAGGACUACAUCCUCAGAGAGCUGGAGGUCACACGUACAGACCGGAAGGAGGCUUCCCGGUAUAUCUGGCACUAUCAGUACCUGAGCUGGCCUGACCACGGCGUGCCUAAUGAACCAGGAGGAGUUCUCAACUUUCUUGAACAGGUCAAUCAAACUCAGAACGCCAUUCCAAAUACCGGACCUGUCAUAGUCCACUGCAGCGCAGGGAUCGGAAGAACGGGCACAAUAAUUGUGAUUGACAUCCUUAUUGAUAUCAUAAACAGACAAGGGCUGGACUGUGACAUCGACAUCCCAAAGACCAUCCAGCGAGUGCGUCAACAGCGAUCCGGCAUGGUCCAGACUGAAGCCCAGUACAAGUUCAUCUACAUGGCUGUACAGCAGUAUAUCGACACAGCACAGAAGAGACUGGAGGAGGAGCAGAGGAAUAAGACAAAGGAAAGAGAGUACUCCAAUAUCAAGUACCCUCAGAUGACAAAUACUAGGGCCCUGCCCAACAUGAGCUCGUCUCGCUCAUCAUCUGUAAUGAAUGAUGAAACAGCCAGUGUAUAUGAGAACGUACACAUCAAAAAGAGCCCCGUCUGCACAAACUCCAGGAGAUAGGGCUUGGGGCUGCUGCCUCACACUGUCUCUGUUAGAGGUGCUAUGUGCAGGCACUUGGCUGUGAGGUGACUUUGGAGCGUGUCACUGAGUGGAUGCCCGUGUGUUGGAGGUGUGAUUGGUGGACCCCCCGAGAGCUCCACGGCCCCCUUCACUCCUUCCUCACUGACUGACUCGCUGUCUAAGUGCCUGAUCCGCUACAAACAGCCAGAGCAGAGGCGCCUCGGUGCUUCUCCCUCCAGUCUGAUAAGCCGGCACGGUUCUACCUACAGUACCUAUCGCUCAGCUACUCGAUCACUUCUAAACGGACGAAGACUGUUAAACAGGGCUAACUCUAGGUUUCUCCAGGCUUUGUCCUGUCCACACUCUUUAUGCCUGCUGCCAGACCUUGUGCUGUCCUAAAGACCUCUGUUGCAUUUCACUAAUAGGUAGUGCUUUGCUGUGAGAUGGACACAUUUAAGCAAUCCGACUGUCCAUGGCAGAAGAUCUUACCAAGCUUGCACGCUAAAAAAAAAAAAAAAAGCUAGAAUUGCAACACGUUCCAGCUCUCAAGCUACAUAUAAUGCAGAUACGUUAAUGAUGUAAUUGUUAGCGAACGGCAAAAACGGGUGACUUUUUAAAGUGGUACGUGCUGUAGAUAGAUUUAUAUGUGCCAAUAAGCAGGCUGCGUUUUAUGCUUUGGUGAAAGUGUCUGCUAUGAUGCUUUGCGAAGCUUUCCUGUACUGAUUAUAUAUGGGGUCACAUGUUAGUUAUUAAUGGGCUCAUAGACCAAUCAGCUUCUGUGUUUGAGCUUUUUCUCAGCAAGCAUGUCUUCAGAAGAUUUUUUAUAUCUGGUUUUAGAACGCUUUGGCGGUUCAACAAUAACACUGAUUAUUUCUCUUAUGGUAUAUCCAUUAUUGAUUCCUUUUAUUGGCACGUUUUCUCUUCGUUUUUGAAUGAUAAUUUAUUUUUUGGACAGAUUUUGGAAUCUUUGAGCAGGGUUGAUUAAAUACGUCAUUUGAUUGUUAUUCCACAUUCUCAGAGGAAGACCCUAAAACCUUUUUUGAUUGAUAUUCAGGGUUUGUGUAUUAUAAAUACGGUGAUGAAUAGGCAUUCAGGGAUUGUGGUCUGUUCAGGGAUUGCACUCUACAUUUCUUCAGUGGCAGGUCAAGGUGUGGCUGGAGAGGUGUGUGAGUUAUGAAGGGUUUAUGAAAGUCAUGAAGGUCAGGCAGAGAGGACAGGUCGGCACUGGUCAGGUCAUUGAUGUGAACAGUCUUCAGUGAAGAUUUAAGCAGUCCAGAUGGCCCGAGACUCAGAUUACGGAAUAGGUUUGCCUGUGAAAAAGCAAUUUGUAAAAGGCCAGUAAUCCACACAGGAUGAUUGGAAGAAACCAGCAUGACUUGUGAGGUCAAAAGGAGUGUGAUCUUACAGGAAUCGCAUGCUGGAAUGAGGAGGAUUAAACACAUGCGUCAGAUUCUGAAGGCUUAAAAUAACUCAGGUUCUGAUUGGUCGGAUUAAACGCCGUCUACAUCCAUGAAAUUGAUUUUAGCAAAGACUGUAUGAGGAGGAAGGUGAUGUGAUGAGUGGAAGAGCUGAGACUGCGUUUUAAUUUUGAUCCAACCCGGCUGUGUUUCAAGUUAUAUAGUGCCCUCGUGAAUUAUAGGCACCCUUCACAUAAGAGUGAUUUUAUAAAAUAAAUAUUACACAGAAUUUUCCAGUCAAACAAUAGGAGAAACAAUUUCAGUUUGUUCUAUCCAAAAAUUCUCAUUAGAACGCCUUCGUAAAUAAUAACACUUUCUGUCAAACAUUUGCCUUCAGUCCCCAGGAACUACCUUUGCUUCUUUUUUCUGUUUCCCUGAGGUAUAAAUAUCAAGGUGCACAACUGUAAAAUUCCCUUGUCAUUCAUUAUCAUGGGAAAAGCCAAAGAAUAUUCAACAAAGAAGAGGCUGAUGGUUGUUGUCUUGCACAAAUCAGGUAAUAAUUAUUUUAAAAUGCAUAAGCAGGUAUAAAUACCAUUAAGCACAAAUAAGCCUAGAACUUCAAGUUUUGCUGAA